UUUGUUGAAUUUAUAAUUAAUUUUGUUGAUUCCUGUAUCUUCUGAUUAAUUUGGAAAGAUAUAUUUAAUUUUUGGAUAUUCUUUAAUUAAUCAGAGAAGUGUUUGUUUAAUCUGGGGAAACAUUUCACAUUGCGAAAAUAGUUUCUUGGAACAGUGCCUAGCACGACUCAAGUAUUUUAUAUAUUACUUAAAACAUUAUAAUAAAUAUAUUUUUAUUGUUAUUAUCAUCAUCAUCAUCAUUAUUGUUGUUGUUGUAAAUUGUUAAUUCUACUAAACUGAUAAUAAGAAAUAUUAUUAUCAUAGUCAGUUUAUUUAUUUUCUUUAUUGAUAUUGAAAUCUAUUAUUGUUUUUCCAACAACUAAUACCUGCAUAACUCUAGCCAGCCUCCUCCGAACGAUCCCUAAUGGUGUUAAAAAUAUAUUAUAUCUUGAUGUCCUAUAUAUAUAUAUAUAUAGCCAGAAGAGGCAUUGCAUUUGUGAAGAAAACAGAGCAAGAAUCCAAAGUCACAUUUCAAGGAGGACAGCCUUUCCUUUAGAGUUUUAUAUCAAAAGUCACAUAUAACUUUUACCAAUUUCACACCUCCCUUCCCCUCCCCUCCCCCGCCUCUUUUUCUUCAUUUGCAAAUUACCUCUUACCUUGAAUGCUUCAUCUCAUCAAAAUUUUGAUGCCCUUUCAUCUGUACUUGUCGUUUUUCCUCUCCUUUGCCUCUCUCUGGUACUAUCGCUGCAUCGGCCUCGACCCUUAAAAAAUCACUUUUUACAUAGAAAUUUACCCCCUCUUUAGUACCUUAAUUGUCUGACUUAGAUGAAAUCAUACAGUACUUCGGAGAAGAGUAGUGGUAGGUUGUUGAUCACAGUGAAUGUAUUGGGAAGUGCUGGACCGUUGAGGUUUGUUGUGAGCGAAAAUGAUAAAGUUGCUACGGUCGUGGGCACUGCUUUGAAAAAAUAUGGUGGUGAGGGUCGACUUCCAGUUCUGAGUUCUGAUAUCAACGAUUUCCUUCUUUACUCAGCUACUGCUGGAGUUGAUGCUCUGGGACCAUCAGAAUUGAUAGGAUCAGUAGGAGUGAGGAAUUUCAUCCUUUGUAAGAAGCAAAAACAACCAUGGAAGACAGAAGGAAGGACACCUGGAAUUGCUCAGAAUGGAAAAAAGGGAUGGAAGGCUUGGCUUACUAAGUCCUUUAACUUCAAGAUUCAUUCCCAUUGAAUCACUUUAUGGUUUCAUCAAACCUAUAAAAAUUUUAUUAUGUGCUCUCAAGUCUCAACCACUUUGCCAUCAUAAUGAAUAUAUAUGAUAGUUACAUUUCAUAAAUGGUACAUGUGUACUAUCUCAAACGGUUAUGAGAAUCAACAUCCUUUGUUGCCUUCUUUA